AUGGAGGACAGCCAGCCGCAAAAUGAGUCUUCUUCGCCAUCAUCCGCGCCCACUAUGCGCGGCGCUGUGCUGAUGAGGCUCAUUCAUUGGGACAAGCUCUUCGAAUCCGACAGCCCUCCACGUUUAGGCAUUGAUGUCAGCAGGCGUAUCCCUUAUGCGACCUUGUCUGGGAUAUCGGUCGGCGUGGCGCUAGGUUAUGUUCACGGAAGCAAGAAGGCAGGCCUUCAAUUUCGAGCAGAAAACGCACAUCGAUUUCCAACAACCUCAACCGGCUGGUGGCAGUACCACAAAACGAAGAACUAUAUUUCAAUUGUCGGCGGUAUGAAAGACGGUGUUAAAUUGGCAUCUAGGCUAGGGGCUGGUUCGCUCCUGUUUUGUCUUUUUGAAGAAACCGUGGACUAUGCUCGCCACGAGAAGCGGGACUUUCUCUCUACGGUGACGGCGGGAUUGUCGCUCUCUGGGGUAUACAGUUUGCUGGCUCGUCACGAUGUGUACACUGCCGCCCGUACCGCGAAGCUCGGAUUGAAGUUUGGACUUGGUUAUGGAUUGGUGCAAGAUGCCUUGGAAUCACUGAAGGGAAACCACCCUGCAUAUAUGGAUUUUCUCCUGGGCAAACGGGGACCACAAGCUACAGAUGGAAACCCUGUCUGA